AUGCGGCUGCCGAGGCUGCUCCUCGCCGCCUUCGCGUCGGCGCAUUGGCACCACGGCAACGUGUCGAAGCACGCAAACGUCCUCUGCAAAACCGACGAAUUUUUCAUGCCACCGACGCAGAACGGCCUGCACUCCGACGAGGUCGCCUGGUUCCUCAUGACGAACGCGGCCCUCUACUGCGAGCGCGUGCUGCCCAUGAUCAACGCGUGGGGCCGGUCCUUUCCGCACGUCUACGCGGUCUUCGCGAACGCCACGGGCAAGCCCGAGGGCGACUACAGGCACGAGGUCACGCGGGCCAUGGCGCGCGAGCGGCACGGGCGCAUGGGCCGCGACUGCGCCGUCGUCGACGGGCGCGCCGGGUCCUGGCUCGUGCGGCGCUGCGGCGACGCGCGCGUGCGGCCGGUGCUCGUCGCGGGCUACUGCCGCAACCCGACGCACCGGGGGGCCGGCGGCCCCUGCUGCCGCGCGAACGCGGCCAUGCAGUUCUUCCUCGACCGCGCGGAGACGACGUUCCGGCGCGUGAAGUGGUGGGUCUUCUCCGACGACGACGUCUACGCGCGGAGCGUCGCGCUCCUGGGAGUUUUGGCGGCCUACGAUGCCGCGAAGCCGCUCAACGUCGCGGCGUCGCCGACGGCCAUCGCGGGCUACGCGCGGCCCUGCGCCGGCCCCGCGCGGCAGUUCGUCGCGAACAAGCCCUGGCAGGUCGUCUCGGGCCUCUCGCGCGCGGCGCUCCUCGCGAUGGAGGACGGCAUCUACAAACGGGGCGCGUCCGCGCAGUGCGACGCGCUCGGCUUCGACGGCCACGACGAGGGCAUCGGCUUCUUCUACUGGAUGCACGCGAUCCCGACGGUGCUGCUCGCGCCGUGGGCCCACCGCGGCCGCGUCCUCUUCGACGCCGGCGACAUCUUCCGGGAGGAGCACAACCUCUCCGAGGCCGCGGUGCGGGGCGCGCUCGACGGCAACGACACGGAGCCCGUGCGCGCGGCGCUGUCGCGCUUCCUCUUCUUCCACAACGCGCUGCACCCGCCCGACAUGUUCCGCCUGCUCAGGCGCGUCGGCGACGACGAGCUCGACGUCGCGCCCGCCGCGGCCGAGGCGAGCCCCGUCAUCCGCGCGCCGGGCUUCGAGUGCACGGCGUACGCCGCGCGGCGGCGCAACGCGACGACCUGGGCGCCCUUCACCGCGGCGGACUGCGCCGCGCCGCUCGUCGCGCCGUGCGCCUGCGCGCGCGGCCGCCGGCUCGACGAGGAGCUGCGGCGGGCGAAGAUCCGCGCGCAGCGCGCCGCGUGGCGCAAGGCCGAGGCCGACCUGCGCGCGCGCGAGCGGCGGCCGACGCCGCCCCCGGUGACGCCGCCCCCGUCGCCGGCGCCGUCGCCGCCCCCGGAAGAGUGCGGCGCGAAGUGGCCCCCUUAA